AUGAGCAAGUUGAUUUCGACUCACCAAUCCGCUUUCAUUCCCGAAAGAGCUAUGAUGGACGGGGUCCUUGCAAUUAACGAAAUCAUUGAUUUUGGCGGAAAUAAAAGUAGGGGAUGUCUUUUAGUGAAAGUGAAUUCUACCACAACUUAUGAUUGCGUUGCGUGGGACUACUUGAAGUAUGUGCUUGGAAGAAUGAACUUUGGUUCUAGAUGGCUUAAAUGGAUGUAG